AUGCCGAGCCCGCCUCCUCCGUCCCCACCCGUGGUGGCGGAGGAUGAGGAGCGGCCAUGGCCGCCGAUGAAGAUGAAGCUCUUUCCGUACGCCAUGUACUGCGUGUUCGGCGGCAUGGGCCGCACCGGGGAGAACCUCCUCUGCGCUUACGUUGGGAUCCAGUAUCUGAACGUCAUCGUCAAUCUCCUCUCCUUCUACACAGACGGAGAGCAGGCCCGCUUCUGGACACUCGUCAGCCGCGUCGUGCAGUCCCUCUGCUACGCCUCCACGUGGCUCAUCGCGUGCGUGUUCAUCCGCUACUACAUGCGCGUGGAUGGCGUGUACCACGUGACGAUCGAUCCGCCGCAGCAGCACCGGGCGCCGGCAGCGGAGCAGCUCCCACCUCCCCCUCCGGAGAUGGACAUGUGUUAG